UUAAUAUUUUGUUUUUGUUGUUUCCUACACAUUCUUAUAUUUACUCGAUUUGUCCGUGACUCUAUGGAAAUGUCAAACAAGCAUGUUUCUACAUUUAUAUUUUUCCUUGGAUUGGCUGUUUUGCAUGGAAUUCAGUAUACAGAAGAGAGACAUUUGAAAAUUACUUCGUUAGAGAUUGAGUCAACUUAUAUGAAUCCUGAGGCUGAGAAUUCUAGCAUUGUGGUCACAUAUACACGACGUAGUGUUCUUCAAAAGGCGGUCAUCACCCACCCCACAGACUUCAGGUCGACAAAUCCCGGCAACAGCCCAGGUGUUGGACACUCUCAUGGACGACAUUGAUUUGGGUAUCAUAUCAUACGUCACAAUUUAUAUCAUAUAGAAAAUUAUAUGUAUUUUUCGUGUAA